AUGGAAAGCAUCGUUCCUCGAUUCCUUGUUGACGGCGAUACAACCUCCUACUUGGUAUUGUCUGUUAGUAUACCAGGCAUUAUUUACCUCUGCUACCGGUGGGCAUUACCCAAGCCGAUUCCUGGAAUUCCAUACAACAAGGAUGCCGUCAAGUCCAUCUUCGGAGAUGCUACUUCCAUGGUUGAGUACACGUCCAAGACUCAAGAGAUGUACGCAUGGAUGGUUGAACAAAAUAUCAAGCUUCAGUCCCCUGUAGUACAGGUUUUUGUCAGGCCACUCUCCAACCCUUGGAUCGUGGUCUCUGACUUUCGAGAGUCCUAUGACUGUCUAGUGCGCCGCACAAAGGAUUUUGACAAAUCCGUUUGGUUCAAGGAUGUUGCCGGUGGCGUGAUGCCAGAGAGUCACAUCUUCAUGAGAACAACACCUCGAUUCAAGCAGCACCGUCGCCUGAUACAAGACAUUAUGAGCCCUGUAUUUCUUAACAAUGUCGCUGCUAUGCAUAUUCAUAACGUCUGCCAAGAUGUCAUCCAUGUCUGGGAACAGAAGGCGCGUCUCGCAAGCGGGCACGCCUUUAGCGUUAUCAAAGAUGUGCACUAUGCAGCUCUGGAUGCCAUAUGGGCCCUCAUAUUCGGAGACGACUCAGCAAACAGCACUACUAAAGCACAGUUGGACCUAUUUCUCACUAUGGAAAAGAUAGCAUUGCCUGGAAAUUCGAAUUCGCCAGUAGAACUGCCGCGUGCCGACAGCCCAUUGACCGUUCAAUCCGUCAUGACCCUUACGCAAAGUAUAGAAGCUAGUCUAAAGUCACCCAUGCCAGCAUUAGCACAUUGGAUGUACAGACAGACAUCGGCUAUGAAACGUGCCUUUAAAAUUAAGGAAGAAUUCAUCAAGAGAGAGGUAAAUGACGCGGAACGAAGAUUUGAUACCAAGACAGAUGUUCAGUGCGCGGUGGACAAUUUCUUGCGACGAGAGGCAGUGGCAGCUGAAAAGGAAGGUCGCCAGAGGAACUUUCACUCUCGUGAUAUAUAUGACGAGAUUCUUGGUCUUUUGAUCGCUGCCCACGAUACCACAUCCACUUCCAUUCUGUGGGCGUUGAAAUUCAUGGCAGACCACCAAGAUGUGCAAAAGAAGCUGCGAAAGGCACUACACACCGCCCACUCGAACGCCGUAUCCGAGAAGCGACUCCCAACAUACCAAGAAAUCCUCAACAGCCCCGUUCACUACCGCGAUGCCGUUGUGGAGGAAAUCUUUCGCUGUUCGCUCACUGAAGCAGCCGUAACUCGAACCUCAAUCCGAGACACCGAGAUUCUUGGCCACUUUGUGCCUAAAGACACCGAGGUGUUCUUUAUGUGUAAUGGACCUAGUAUCUUCUCUGCUGCUUUCCCAAUUGACGAUGCGGUGCGGAGCACAUCGUCCCAGGAGGGCAAGGAUCAGGCUUGCCAUUGGGAUCCCACAAAAAUGGCAGUUUUUGAUCCAGAGAGAUGGCUUAUUGAAGAGAAUGGACAGAUCAUAUUUGAUCACAGUGCUGGCCCGCUCUUGAUCUUCAGCCUUGGUGAGCGCGGCUGCUACGGGCGGAAGAUGGCUUAUGUAGAGAUGAAGAUCUUCCUCACUUUACUCAUUUGGUCAUUCGACUUUCAAGCCUGCCCGGAAGAGCUGAGUGGCUAUGGUGCCGUUGAUAAACUGGUUCACGCACCGCAGCAAUGUUAUAUUAAUCCUAUUCCACUUAGCAGGCCGUGA